AAGGCCUACCAUGGGACCAACAGCUGGUGGUACCCGACUAACGAUUACAGGACACUUAGGACCUGCCGAUGCCACCUUAGGAGGUCUACGUAGGGAAUGUCUCGUGUAACGAAGUGGAUCAAAGCAAUCUCCCAACCAAACUGGCAUGUGUGACUCCUCCGCUAUCGGAAUUGGACAAAACCAGCACCUCUUGGAAAGUCCUUGUGCGAGUGAAUGUAGCGCAAAAUAUGACGCCUGGGCCAUUGACCGUUCCGGUCGAAGGCGAAACAUUUGUGGAAUUUACGUACUUGGAACCCUGGCUAAACGUCAGCGAACCAGCCGUCAGCAGACUGUCAGGAGAGAUACAGCUGGUACUACAUGGUGCCAACCUCAAUAUAGGCAGCAACCGGACCAUUGUCAUUGGUCAGGAUAGAUGUGACGUCACAAAAUAUGACAUAGACUCAUCUGACACAAUUACAUGUCGAACGCCAAAACAAAAUGCAUCGGGUUUUUACAACCUGUCACUUCACAUUGACGAUGCUGUUCUGUCAGGGGUUGUAAUACAUUAUACAGUCGAUCCUGACAUUAUAACGUUUGUUCCAUUGGUCACUACAGAAAGCGGUGGUAUAAAGAUAACUGUUGCUGGAGAAAGACUUAACAGCCUUGGAUUCGAUGUACAACUAACUGCAGUGAACAUCAUAGGACCUUAUGUGUCAUUGACCCUGGAUCCAGGCAACUGUUCGUAUGAGGAUACUUCCUUAGUCUGCCUUACGGGCAAGCUUCGCGGAGACUUGAACCCAAAUAACAGUCUUGUCAUUCCCAUCUUGGUGAACAGAUACGGGUGGCUCACCAACAACAGUAUUCAGCGUGCCGGGAUUAUCAAAGACCCUGUCUUGUUACAAAGCUCAAGAAACACAACGAUUGUUUCUAACAUAAGACCAGUUAUUGAGAUCCAGGGCUCGGGUUGGUCGACAAUUCCAAUCGAGAACUUUCGUGUAACUGUCAACAACGCAAUUUCUUGUCACGUAAGAAGUGUAAAUGACAGCAUUGUGUGUGAAGUGGAGGUUGACAACCACGUUUUCCCACAAAGAAAACCUCUGACAAUGAAGUGUUCAAUUGGAUUUCGGGACUAUGCCGUUGGAACAGUGACCUUCUCUCAAAAAGGACCAGAUGUUUUGCCAUCUAUGGCGCCGCGCAGUAACAAUGCUUACAUGAUGUAUGGCAUCAUUGCCGGAUCUGUCGUCGGUUGCUUGGUGCUCGUCACCUGCAUCGUCGUCAAGUACAGCAGUCUAGUUGCAAGGGAUGAAGUGCCACUUGAAGGCACCCAUGUUUCUACAGUACAUGCACGUCUGCAGACAAGUGGUCUCGUUCUCGAAACGGUUCCCAUUGCCCCCGAGCCCCUCAUACAAGAAACGGUAGCAGGUAUUGUUGCAAUGGUGAUAAUACCACUUGACGGCGUGGUUGGAUCUGCUGUAGCCCUGGUCUGGAUUCAGGUGACAUAUGCCUGCAGAGGUCAUUUUGAAGAAAGUUAG